AAAGAAGCAGCAGACAUGACAGCUGCUGCGUGCGUGGUGGGGAUCCUGGUGAACGCUGUGGCUCUGGGCCUCGUAGCAGCAGCAAGGGGCGACCAGGAUCAGCUGCACACACUCGCUGACAUCACCCAAAUUGUACAGAAGAACCAGGAGUCUGUAGUGAGGCUGGCUGCCACUCUCAACGACAUACUGGAGGCCAAGCGACGCAGCACCUGCACUCAAGACGUGAGCACGAGGGAGCUCUCCAUAUGUGAGGUGGUGAAGGAAGGUGUGCUCUCCACCGCCGCCAUCUUUGCCAGUCUGGAGUUGUCUCUUGCGGAGCUGAACCUUCAAUUGCUCAACAACACCUGUGACCAGGCACAAACCUCCAACUGCUCGGGGUCAGAGUGGGAGUGCGAGUCGGGCGAGUGCAUCCUGGAGAAGAACGUCUGCGACGGCGUCACUCACUGUCAGGACGGGUCUGACGAACCUCCGGACUGCGUCAGUAAUAAUUGUCCGGAAGGGGAGUUCAAGUGUGACUCAGGAAGGUCCUGCAUCCCUAAUGUUUGGGUGUGUGACGGUCAUACUGACUGCCCAGACAAUAGUGACGAGAACUGCUUCUUCACCCCGUCUUCUCCAACACCGUCAACAGCUUCUUCAUUCUCAACACCACCGUCAAAGAAUAAGUGUUCGGAGAAGGAGUUCGAGUGUCUGUCAGACAGGGUCUGCAUCCCAAACAUGUGGGUGUGUGACGGAGAGAGUGACUGUCAAGACGCCACUGACGAAGAAAACUGCUCCAUCACGCUGUUUUCCGCUCCACUGCUAACAACAGCAUCUUCACAAUCAACACUGCCGCCAAAGGCUGAGUGUCGAGAGGGAACGUUCACGUGUCGGUCAGACAAACGAUGUAUCCCUGUGAUUUGGGUGUGUGACACAGAGGCAGACUGUGUAGACGGCAGUGACGAGGAGAACUGUUCUGUCACAUCGACCACUGUAACUACAGCAACACCGUCCACUCCUCCAUCAAAGAGCCCCUGUGUGGGCGACCAGUUCCUGUGUGAGGCCACACUCACCUGUCUGCCCUCUGACUGGCGGUGUGACGGCGAAGUGGACUGUGACGACGGCAGCGACGAGACCGAGUGUUCCAAGGAUGACGAUGACUGCGCGGCCCGCCCUUGCAGCCACCUGUGUCUGCCCUCACCCGCCGCUCCAGCGGGAUAUACUUGUGCAUGUCCCGAGGGCAUGAUCCUUCUUCGUGAUCGUCGCACCUGUGGUGAUGACCGUGAACAAGACAUGUCUAUCAAGUUCCCCUUUGUCAACUAGAUGGGACAUGUUCCACCAAUGUGGCUGGGCUGGUGGUGCGACUAUCGUUCUUCCUAUCACCACGUCUGGACUGUUGCUGAUUCUAGUAUCAACACCACCACCUGCCCAUCUGGACUGUUGAUGAAUCCAGUAACCACACCACCACCACCACUGUCGGACUGUUGAUAAAUUAGUAUCAACACCACCAUUACGAGUGGGUAAAUAGUGCGACUAAUUUUCAUACGACCACGUCUGAUCUUAUGGUGUGAUAAAUAAAGUAUAAUGCUGAAAAA